GUUCUUCGCCAAUGUGCACAUUCUUCAGCCUCUGUCUAAUUCUCAGGUUCAAUUUGAGUUCCUGUUGGCCAGCUUCCAGUGCAAUCCUCACCUGUUCCUGACAUUCUUCUUCGGAGUCUUACGGUUCUUAUUCGCCUUCGUCGGCGUUGGAUUUUGGGGUUAGGGAUUUUGGUGAGCGCAUGAAGUGGAAAUCGAGGAGGGAGCUUAUCUAUUGGCUGGGUUCGAUUGUUUCCGAUAAUAUACCUUGCACAUCCUUGCUUAUGGAUGAUAGAUUUGCGGAUGAUGCUGAACCUUCUACUAUACCAAAGGGCCUUUCCUCUGGGACCAUGGGACACCUUUCUAAAGAAUUUUCAUGGUUAGGUCAUUCUUGGGAUUGCAAGAAGAAAAGAAAGCAUUAUCGAUUCUUUUGCCGAAGUGGAGUGACAAUCUCGGUCAACGACUUCAUCUACAUAAUGGGUGAAGAGUACAAGAGGCUUGUUGCAUAUGUGGAAGAUCUAUAUGAAGACGCAAAGUCUAACAAAAUGGUUUUGGUACGCUGGUUUCAUAAGAUUGAUGAGGUUGGUAUUGUUUUGCCUUCUGACACUAACGACAAAGAGAUUUUCUUUUCUCUUUGUCUUCAAGAUUUCAGCAUUGAGUGCAUAGAUGGAUUGGCUACUGUCCUUGGUGUCCAAGACUUUGACAGGUAUCAGAAAGAGGAUAGAAAAAGAUUUGGCUCCUGGCAGCCAUAUUUGUGUCGAAGACAGAUUGACAAUGGUGAGGUUAAGCCUUUUGACGUCACACAAGUCCAAGGUUAUUGGAAACAGGAGUUGCUUAGAUCCUUAUAUGCAACUCCGGACACUGCACUAAAGCUGCGGUUGAAAAUAACACGUGGUGGCAAUGGAAGUCAUAGAAGUACAAGCAUUUCAGGUAGCGGUAGGGAAAAGCACGUGAGGACUUCCUCUGAACCCUCUUUGACGAGGAGAGAGUUACUGAAGCUGAGGCUUGUUCAACAGCAAAGACAUCUGGAUCCUGGGUGCUAUGUUGAGGUGCUCUCUCAAGAUAGUGGCAUCAGAGGAUGUUGGUUCCGUUGUGUGGUUCUCAAAAGGCGGCAUGAUAGGGUGAAGGUUCGCUAUGAGGAUGUCCAAGAUGCUGAUGAUACUAGAAAGUUAGAGGAAUGGGUCUUGGCAUCACGAAUCGCAUCUCCAGACAAAUUGGGCAUCCGAUUGCAUGGUAGACCGGUUGUUCGUCCUUACACCUCAAAUAGCAGCAAGGAUUCCAGUAACCUCGAUGUUGGCUCUAUUGUAGAUGCAUGGUGGCAUGAUGGUUGGUGGGAGGGAAUUGUUAUCCGCGAAGAAGCAGAAGGAAAACUUCGAGUUUAUUUCCUAGGGGAGAGGAGAGAUUCUACAUUUGGGAUUGGUGAUUUGAGACCAUCACAAGACUGGGUAGACAAUAAGUGGAAUCAAUUGAAGGAUCACCACAAUGUGGCUAAAUCAUUACUAGCUGAUAUGUCUUUUGAUCAAUCCCCAGAAACAGGGAAAAGAGCCUCGGUUCCUAACCUUUCUGAAGUCUGCAACCUCGAGAGCUUGAAAUGGAGUUCAUCGAGGAAAAGAAGGAGAUCAAGGGAGUUACAUAAAGAGAGCUCAAAUGGGAAAAGAGAAUGCAAUAGUGGAAGCAGUAGCAGCAUCCAAGAGGACAUAGAAGCCGUAUCUGAUGCAUACAGCGAGCUUUUGCUACCUAAAACUUUACCGGUUAUUGAUAACAGUAACUGUAAGAUUGGAAGAACUGAUCCUAUGCUUGUUACAUCUAUGUCUCUUUGUUCUAGCUUGGUCUUGUCCCAAUGACCAUGAUGUGGGUUUUUUUUUGCAUUCCCACAAUUUUGUUCUUUCUAGGUACCUGCAGGGAUUUAAACAUGCAAGGGUAAAUGCUGUAGAUAUUUCUGUGUAGAAUAGAUAAUGGUUAGAAUUCUCAAUGCUUUACUUCUUCCAA